UAAAGAUCCUCUCUCCUUUGCAAACAUGGAGGACAGGAUACAGUUCGACCUUAAUGAAUCCCUCAAAUAUUACCUAAGCGAUCCUACCUCUGUUCCCAACCCAGAGGCAGACUCCGAUCUCCUAGAUUGUGAAGCAGAGCUCAAUCAAGUCCCCACGAGCCUCAUUGAUUUUGUACUAAAUCCUGUCGUGGAUGCUGUUGCUGAGAAUCCAGAGGAGCUGGCUAGACCAUCUACUUUCGACUCUCUUCAAUUUUUACUGAAAUAUUCUUCGGCCCUUCCUACGAAGUCUCUAAGCAAGCUUCUCGAUUUGGUUGUCUCUGGAUUAUCCGUCGAAGCAGAUAUUAUUCAUGGCGACCUUGACUCCGACGAACAGGACACCAUCCAUCAUAAACAAUUACUCGAGAUGUACGGCUUUUUGCUUCAAUGGGCCUUGUCCGCUGUGGAGGCCAAGGCAGCGGAAAAAUCUGCAGAAGCUGUACCUGCACGUAGGGGCCCAGGGAAAUCCGCUAGGUCCAAGGCUAGCGUGAGGGAUGGUCAUUGGGAUUGGACGUCUCAAAUUCAGAUCUCCAUGGAGACAAUGUGCAAGGUUAUGAAGUUGAAACUGGGUAGAAUCUUUUUAACAACCUCUGACCGGGAUACUUUCAUCAACCUCUUUACCCGUUCCGUCUAUCUCAUUCUUGAGAAUGAGCAACGAGUGAAGUGUAUGCCGAUUCGCAUGCAUGCAUUUAAGGUCCUCUGUAUUGCUGUGAAACAUCAUGGCCAUGCCUUUGGGGCGCAAACAUCUAUCGUGCAGGGCUUGACAUAUUUUGAGCAUCUUUCAGAGCCUAUGGCUGAAUUCUUACAUAUCCUUGCGGAACAAUAUGACUAUCCACAGCUUUCGGAUGAAAUUUUGAAAGAGCUUGGAAACAAGGAAUUCAAUUCAAAUGAUACCAGAGGACCUAAAUCCGUCUCUGCGUUCAUGGUGAAGCUUUCGGAACUUGCUCCACGAUUAAUCAUCAAACAAAUGACACUCUUGGCUAAACAGCUUGACAGCGAGUCCUAUACUCUCCGAUGCGCCGUAAUUGAAGUGUGUGGGAACCUCAUCGCUGAUAUUAGCAGACAAGAGGAGCGCAGCGACAACCACAAGACGCAGAUCAAUGCAUUUUUCGAUGUGCUUGAAGAGCGCUUCCUCGACAUCAACCCAUACUGUCGCUGCCGGGCCAUUCAAGUGUAUAUGAAGAUCUGUGAUUUGGAUCAAAAAUUUCCAAAAAGACGACAGUCGGCCGUAGAGCUAACAGCACGGAGUUUAGAAGACAAAAGCAGCAAUGUUCGAAGGAAUGCCAUAAGAUUGCUGGCAAAGCUGGUUUCCACGCAUCCAUUUAAUAUUAUGCAUGGCGGCCAGCUUUCUUACAAAGAUUGGAACGCGAGACUCGAGGAUGUCGAUGCUCAACUGAAUUCUCUACGACCCGCAGAGACGCCCGGUUUGGGUGGAGAAGGCACGAAUGUCGAUAGCGAACUCCUCGAUGAUGUCACUCAGAUUCCGGACGAAUCCCCGUCAAAGGCACCGCAGAUUACAGAAGAAGACAGGGCUGCAGCGAUGCAGAAGGCUGCUGAAGAAGCAGCAACAUCAGAACUACUCGCGCGACUGCAGCUGAUGAGAAAAUAUUACUGUGAAGCGCUUCGCUUUAUUGAAGUACUUCACUCGGCCUCAGGCGUCGUUUCUCAACUAUUAUCAUCAAGAAACAAGAGUGAAGUCAUCGAGGCGAUGGACUUCUUUGUGGUACUUGAUGCAUACAAAGUCGAGACUGCCCGCGGUGGAAUCCGACGAAUGCUUCGUUUGAUUUGGACAAAAGGGAAUAGUGACGAAGGCAAGGGGGUUCAAGCACAUCUUAUUGAUUGCUACAAGGGGUUGUUUUUCGAUGCACCCAGCUCCUUCAGUUCUAAUGAUGCCGCUAAUUACGUCGCUCGAAAUAUGAUCAGUUUAACCUUUGGUUCGACGCCAGCAGAGCUUACGUGUCUCGAGCAACUUCUCAGCACGAUGAUGAAAGCCGGUCAUAUUUCAGACAGCGUCAUUGCAAAGUUGUGGCAGGUUUAUGGCGUGCAGAAAAGGGAGAUAUCAAGGACGCAGCGUCGGGGUGCCAUAAUCAUCCUUGGAAUGCUUGCUUUGGCAGACCCGGAAGUUGUGAUUAAAGAAAUUGAGACGAUGCUACGAAUCGGUUUAGGAAGCCUCGGGAGAUCAGAUCUUGUUCUUGCAAAAUAUACAUGCGUUGCCUUGAAACGCAUGAUGCCCAGCCGUCACGCAAUAUGCAAAGAUCUUGGCAUUCCUAAGCUCGCAAACGACCAUCCCGUUCUCAAAAAGCUCGCUUCUACGUUGGAAAUUGUAUCAGAUAGUAAGGAAUGGUACGGCGUGGCUGAACAAGCUAUUGGAGCCAUAUAUGCACUUUCGAAACACCCUGACGUCCUCUGCACCGAGAUCAUCCGACGGAAAACUAAAUUCGUCUUCCAGCCACAAGUCUCACGGCCUUCAUCAUCCAGCGGCCUUGCCGAAGGUGACGAGCAGAGAUCCGAAGCGUCUUCGACAGAGUACCAAAGAGUCCGCCCGAAGACCACGUCUUCAGCACUCUCUCAGCUGCUCUUUGUUGUCGGUCACAUUGCAAUAAAGCAGAUUGUCCACCUUGAAUUAUGCGAGCUUGACUUCAAGCGUCGUAAGGUUGAACAUGAGAAGAACAAACCGGACAACUCAGCAUCUCAAAAGAAGGACGAAGCAGCUCAGGUCGAUGAGCUUGAUCUUAUCGGCGGGACGACCGAGGACGAUUUCACCGAAGCCAUGGCACAUAUUCGGGAGCGUGAACUUCUUUAUAGCGAGAAUUCGCUGCUGUCGAAUUUCGGGCCGCUUGUCACAGAGAUAUGCGCGAACAGUAACACAUAUUCCGACCGUAACUUGCAAGCAGCGGCAACAUUGUGUAUGGCGAAGUUGAUGUGCGUGUCAGCAGAGUAUUGUGAGAAGAAUCUCCCACUACUGAUCACUAUUAUGGAGCGCUCCGAAGACCCUAUCGUCCGUAGCAACGCCGUUAUUGCUCUGGGCGAUAUGGCGGUUUGUUUCAAUCAUCUCAUCGAUGAAAAUACCGACUUCCUAUACCGCCGACUCAACGAUGACGAUGUCUCCGUCAAACGGACCUGUCUCAUGACUCUCACAUUCCUCAUUCUUGCUGGUCAGGUUAAAGUCAAGGGACAGUUGGGCGAAAUGGCAAAAUGUCUGGAGGAUGAUGACAGAAAGAUCGCGGACUUAGCCCGCAUGUUCUUUACCGAACUUGCUACCAAAGACAAUGCCGUGUACAAUCAUUUUGUUGACAUGUUCAGCCUUUUGAGCGCGGAACGAAAUCUCGAUGAGAAUUCUUUGAGACGCAUAAUUAAAUUUUUGAUUGGCUUUGUUGAGAAGGAAAAAUAUGCUCGGCAAUUAGCUGACAAGCUUGCAGCUCGUCUUCCUAGGUGUGAGACAGAAAGGCAGUGGAACGAUGUGGCAUAUGCCCUAUCGCUUCUGCCGCACAAGAACGAGGAUAUCACGAAGCUAUUAAAUACGGGGUUUAAUAAAGUAGUAACCACGAGUGCCUAG